CUCAAAUCCAUUUCAGAACCCAGGAACCUAAGGAACCCCACUGGACCGCUGUAAUCCGCACUAACUCCGGGGGCUAGUGACGCACCUGGACCUGGAGACAAGCAGUGUUGCAUAGAGCUUUUGAACCUCGAUAACUCUCAUCGAGAGUGGAGGCAAACACCGUUACCUUGCUUCUCCUUUACAUACCUGCGACCUCCUUAACGAACAAGACAAUAUGGCAUACGUCGCACCCAUCCAUCGCGCUACAAGUAUACGCCAUGCCCUUCGGGCGAAUGUGCUCUCUCCAGACAUAGAUGACUUGGUCGUGGCGAAGGCGAACCGACUCGAAAUAUGGCGCCUCACAGAAGAGGGCCUCGUGUGCCUACAGACGAAACUCAUCCACGGAACAAUAGCGAUGCUACAGUGUUUACGACCCAAAGGAUCAGAGACCGAUCUAUUGUUUAUCGGGACUGACAGACUGCAUUACUUCAACCUGGUGUGGAACCCGUUAACAAAGCAACUGGAGACCAUCGAACGCGUUAUCGAAGACCUGGCAGAGCCAUACAUGCGACAUUCGUCGAGUCAGAACAAAUGUCUAGUUGAUCCGACUGGACGAUUCCUAGCCAUGCACCUGUGGGAAGGAGUGCUGAAUGUUUUCAAACUCCCCAUACGCAAGGGCUCUACCAACAAGCUGGAACGACUCGACCAGGUCAGACUCACAGAACUCUUCAUGAAAGCAAGCACUUUCAUCCACAGCCGGACCGGUCACCCGACCAUUGCCUUUUUAUACAAGACGCAGUUGGAGCAAGAAGAAGCUCGAUUGGUCAUAUAUAGGUUAACCCACGAUGACAAAGGGAAUACCGUUUCCAAGUUUGACCCUCAUAAAGACAGAGAGCUCGACGUCGUCAUUCCUGACCCAUACGCCUCAAUGCUCAUUCCUGUUCCACUGGAUGAGGAGAAGCGUUACCACGUGCGCAAUACCGAAGGAGCAAAGGCACAUUUAGGUGGCCUUCUAGUCAUUGGAGAAACUCUCCUUACUUACUUUGAUGGCCUGACACACAGAAGUGUAUCUUCGGCUCUUCAGGACCCACGGAUAUUUGUGGCUUGGGCCGAGUACGAUGGCACACAUUACUUGUUAGCUGAUGACUAUGGACGACUCGAUCUAUUGACGAUUGACACAAACCUGGAAACCACUGGUGUUGUUGUGACCGGCAUGACAUUGGAGCCUCUCAAGAUUGGUCGCUCACCAGCCAUCACAUCCAGGGCGUCCAAUCUGGUUUAUCUUGGGGAUGGUACCUUAUUUGUGGCUUCACACCACGGCGACUCGCAGCUUUAUCAGAUUGAUGUUGAAAGCACCACUGUCACGCUGGUCCAGUCCUUUUCAAACAAUGCGCCAAUUCUUGAUUUUUCUAUCAUGGAUAUGGGCAACCGAGAAGGCGAUGCUCAAGCUGGCAAUGCCUUUUCGUCUGGACAGUCAAGAAUAGUGGCAGGCUGUGGUGCCUACCGCGAUGGAAGCCUUCGAAGUAUUCGAAGUGGUGUCGGUCUUGAAGAUAGAGGUGUUCUUGACGAGCUAGAGGGAACCAGGGGCCUGUUUACUCUUCGUUCAUACGGGUCUGACCUGGUAGAUACCCUGGUCGUCUCAGCGAUCACCGAGACAAGAGUUCUCAGUUUCGACCCUGAAGGCGGAAUUGAAGAGAUAUACUCUUUCCAGGGCAUGUCGCUCGAUACUGAGACCCUUCUGGCUUCAAAUCUUCCAAACGGACAGUUACUCCAGAUUACUCCUCACUCAGUCGUCUUACUCGAUCCCGAAGGCGGCACGAUAACCAGUAAAUGGGACGUUCCAAGCGGCAAAUCAAUCACAAGAGCAUCAGCAAAUAGCAAGUGGGCAUUGCUGUCAGUCGAUGGAACAUCUCUUGUGUCAUUGAAUCUCUUGCAGAACCUUGCUGCCAAUAUUCAACAAAGCCAGAACUCAGGCUCACAAGCUGAUCAAAUAUCAUGCAUACAUGCUGCUCGGGAUCCACCAGAUCUUGGUGUAGUCGGCUGGUGGUCUUCUGGACAAAUAUCGUUGAUUGAUAUGGCUUCCUUGAAGCCACUCCAUGGAGAGUCCAUGAGACAAACUGAGGAUAGUGCUACAGUCCCAAGAGACAUUGCACUUGUCCAACUACACCCCCCUGACAUAUCGGGGCCUACACUUUUGGUCGCCAUGGAAGAUGGUAAUGUGGUUACGUUCAACGUAUCUACCAAGGGCUUCAGUGUCUCUGGUCGCAAAAGCGUGACUUUAGGCAGCAACCCAGCUCGCCUACAUAUACUCCCGCAACAGGAUGGUACAUCGAACGUCUUUGUGACGACUGAGCAUGCAAGUCUCAUCUAUAGCUCCGAGGGACGGAUCAUAUUCUCUGCCACAACCGCCGAUGAUGCCACAUUUGUUGCACCCUUUGAUUCCCACGCCUUCCCAGAUUCCGUGAUUUUGUCUACAGACCAGCAUAUCCGAAUCUGCCAUGUUGAUAAGGAGAGACUUACGCACGUGAAGGCUCUCCCUGUCAACGAGACUGUCAGACGAGUGGCUUACUCUCCAGGACUGAAAGCUUUUGGUCUAGGCUGCAUCAAGAAGGAGUUAGUCGCUAAUGAAGAGGUUGUGUCGAGUUCAUUUAGACUCGUCGAUGAGAUUGUCUUCAAGGAGCUUGGAUCACCUUUCCCAUUGAAUGCUUCAAGCAGCCUCGAGAUUGUCGAAUGUGUCAUUCGGGCUGAGCUCCCCGAUGUUGGCGGCAACCAUGUCGAGAGAUUUAUUGUUGGUACAAGCUUCAUCAGUGAUGGGGUGGAAAACCCAAAUGGUACAGCCGGCCGUAUCCUGGUCCUCGGAGUUGAUUCAAACCGUCAGGUGCACCAGAUUGUCUCUCACAGCUUGAAGGGCCCUUGCCGCUGUUUAGGUAUGAUUGAUGACAACAUCGUUGCUGGACUGUCCAAGACUGUUGUGGUCUAUAGUUUCUUGCAAGAGACAAGCAGUUCCGGCUCACUCCAGAAGCUCGCUGCUUAUCGUCCAGCUGCCAUGCCUGUGGAUCUCGAUAUAUCCGGCAACAUGAUUGGUGUGGUUGAUUUGAUGCAGUCACUAUCUUUGGUUGAAUUCAUCCCCCCACAAGAUGGCAAUAAGGCCAAGUUAGAAGAACGGGCACGUCACUUCGAGCCUCUAUGGGCCACCUCGGUCUGUCAUAUUGAGGGAGAAAGGUGGUUGGAAGCUGAUUCAAAAGGCAAUCUCGUUGUCCUGCAACGAAACGUGGAUGCCCCGACAGAGCAAGACCGAAGCCGCCUGGAGAUUACGAGCGAAAUGAAUAUUGGUGAGCAGAUCAACCGUAUUCGAAAACUUCAUGUCCCGCCGGCGGAGAACGGCAUUGUCCAUCCACGAGCCUUCCUCGCUUCGGCUGAGGGUUCGUUGUAUCUUUAUGGCGAUAUUGCACCUCAGUACCAGGACCUGCUUAUGACGUUCCAAUCAAAGAUGGAAGAGUACAUUCAUGUACCAGGGAGCGUCGAAUUUAAGCUAUGGCGUUCCUUCCGCAACGAAAACCGGGAGAGUGAGGGACCUUUUCGAUUUAUAGACGGGGAGAUGGUUGAGAGAUUCUUGGAUAUGGACGAAGGGAAGCAAGAGCUGGUUUGCGAAGGCCUUGGACCAAGUAUCGAGGAUAUGCGCAACUUGAUUGAGGAGUUGAGGAGAAUGCAUUGAGAUGGUUCUCAUAGAUUAAUGAGUUAUGUUGUGCUGGCUCUCAUGGACUUGUCUUUACAUGGAUGUUGGUUGGUUGCUAGAUAUUAAGGACGAACGGGUCAAAGAUGAUUGGUCAGGAGCCAUGAAGUCAUAGAGAUGUUGAAUAUGAGUCCAUUGAGUGGUGACUGUUGUCAAUAAUGUGCGGCGAUAUACUGAGUUGAUUGUAAAUCGAACUUAUUGCGUAUCUGAAUGUAUUUUUGCGUCACAAUGACUGAUAUUCAUCUUCGUAGUCAUUAUCAAGGUGAG